AUGGAUAAUGACAGUAAUAUCUCAUGGCUGGUAGCCACCGAUGACUUGACUGGUGACAGCAAGCAGCCUCAAUAUUGCGAGUCAUCUGUGAAAGGUGAGUCGUGUUGCUGUGCUGCAGUGCCUCACGGUGCUGAGCUAGUAUGCCGUCGACUGCACGGUGAGUACAGUCUGCUGCCAGUGACCCGUAUUGCUGUGAUGUGCCCUACGGUACUGGGCCAGUGCACCGUCGACAGUGCGCUCAAAGAACGCGAUGCAAAACUCCAAGAGGCCGGCGACUUGCACCGCUUCUUGCGUUCUGUCGACCACUUCCAAGCCUGGUUUAUUAAGACACAGACCGAUGUUGCGUUAGAAGAUAUACCAUGCUCCUUGACGGAAGCCGAAAAACUUCUCUCUCAACAUCAGACCAUCAAGGAAGAGAUUGACAACUACAAGGACGAAUAUGCAAAGAUGAUGGAGUAUGGAGAGAAAAUCACUGCCAACGAAUUAUAUAUAAAGGCAAUGCGUUCACUCCAGGAGGGUUUUCCAUCGCAACCUCUAACACGUGGGUCAACGGGCAAGGAGAUGAUCUCUUUCCCAAAAAUAAAAUAG